AUGAAGAUCCUUUGGCUUUCUUGGCUCAUACUGCUUCAGACCCACAAGCCAAGCAAAUCUCGAUGGAUAUUCUUUGCUCCUGGCUGGUGCUUGAAGACUAUCUUCCACACCAAGCGCAUCCCAGAUCCCACGAGCUCCUGGAGAGAAGGUGAUGCGGUCCUCGUGUCGGAGCGGCAGACGGCCAAGUGGCACGGCUGGGCCCGAGGACGACGGCUGCAGACGACCGAGGAAUCGCGGAAGAAGGAAGGCCUCUUUCCGAUGGCAGUUCUGAGACCUCGUCUUUGGAUUGCAAAGAUUGAGACGAAAAAGGACCUGGCCCAGCAACUGGGCGGCUUUUCGGAGAACUUCACCGUGCUGGAGGUCGGCUCCUACUUUGGCUACACCACUCGGCUGCUGAGCCACCUCUUCAAGCGGGUCAUCGCUCUGGACGCAGUGCAUGAGCUGCUGCAGGCCAAUCGUGAGUACAACAUGGACAGGGACAACAUCCUUUACUUGAGGUUUCACACCGGAAACCACGACUGGAGCAUCUUUUCGAUGAACACCAUCCAUGUGGUCUUCCUUGAUGCCUCCCACGACUUCGAGAGUGUGAUGCAGGACAUCGACAACUGCCUAAGGAUUCCCACUGUCAGCCUGAUCAUUUUCGAUGACUACGGCGCAGAAGAGGGAGUCCGUUUGGCGGUUCAACGCUUCAUCAGCGCUAAGCGCCUGCAGCCA